AUGCCGACCACCACACCAGAACAACAACAGCAAUACAUCAUGUCAUUGGAAAGAACUUCAUCGUGGCAUGAUAUAUUGGAUACACCUGCUUUCGACCUGGAAGAAGGACGCUCGUCUUCCUCAGACGAUGACAAUUACCGCUAUGUAGAUCCUGCUAAUAGAAAGUUCAGGAAACCUCCAGUUCAGUUCUCCAUCUCAAUUCUUCGCAUUGAUGGGGACACUCAAAAGAAAACAUGCCACCCGGGCUCCAUCUUUGAAGGUGUCGUUAAGCUCAAGCUGGAUACGCCUCUUGCUGCUCAACAUCUCAAGCUUGUAUUUAAAGGAGCAGAGCGAAUUCAUUCUGAUACCAUUGGCAAAGCCAACAAGAAGCGAGGCGAGCGUUUGUUUGCUAUACGAACCAUAUUAUGGGGAAAGCCAUCUUGCCAGAAUAAUUUAUGGCCUUUGAUUGAAUCUGGUGAACAUGUGUUUCCAUUCAUGUGUGAAAUUCCAAUGGUGAAUUAUCCACCUACGUUCCGGCAUCAUCUUGCUUCGUGUGAAUUCGAACUACUGGCAUCUCUAGAACGUCCUGCCCUUCGGCCAUUUCAAACAGUGCCAUAUCAAGUGCGAUAUGAGCCCUUUAUUGAAUCAAAGUCUAUCAAAUUGCCCAACAUAUACCAAGAAAAGCUGCGUCUCGACAAUACACACAAUGUCGUGGUGACACUUGUCAAGGGCUGUGAUUACAACAUACUCGACAGUCGUACAGAGACAAUGAAAGUGCAAUUAUCCAUCAUCAACCUUCAGAAAGGCAAGCAGCAUCAAGACAAUAAUGCAGCCUUGUUCAAUCACAUUGAAGCCUAUGUGAAGCGAGAGGUGGAUGUCACACACGGCUCUUACCAUCGAGCAGAUACCAUGGUCAUGACUCACGUUGAGCAAUCCAAAUUUGGUGUUGGCAAUCAUCGUGGCGCCUGUACGUACUAUAUCAACAUUCCAAUACCAAUUGAAAUCAGCAAAAAGAACAACCCUACCAUACUAAGGAACUUUAGUGUGCUGGGAAUGACAACGACCACCAAUUUUUCAAAGCAUAUCAAGAUUGAAUAUAAACUCUACAUUACUGCAAAAGUGCGACAUGGCCUCAUGUGGGCAAAACGACAAUUAUUCUGUAUACCGCUACAUUUUGGAACUGUUGCGCCAGGGGAACAAUUACCUUCUACGUUGGUCAGUUACCGACAUCCUUCGGUUACAUCAGACACAACAUUGUCAACAAAGCCUAAAUUCAUUCGACCACCUAGUCUAGAAGAACAGUUACCUGCCUAUGAUGAAGAAACUCCUCCUCCUGUCUAUUGUGUCCCAAUAGCAGGUGAUGUAAAUACGCAUAGGCAAAACCGUUUGCACCUGAUUACCUCUUCCCAUUAA